ACCGUUUACCGUGCCGUAUCACGUUGUCGUUUCGAAGGAAGAAACAACGCGGUUACGAUCGUUGUUUUGAAAAACUUAAAGAAGAAAAUAUUCUUCAUAUAAGUAAUAUUCUUUCGUUUACGGCUUAUGUAUUAGUAUAGUUCAGAGACGAAGAAAAGUUAUCGAAUAGUAGGUAUUUAGAUUUUCAAGUUGAAAUUAAAAUGGCUGAUUUUGAAGACGACUGGAAUGAAGAUCCGCCGACAAAUUUUGCUCCAACAUUUCAAUCAAAUGCAGCGGGAGCAGCACCCCCUACUCGACAAUAUCGAGGUAGAACUUUCCGAGGGAGUAACCGAAACUCGAAUAAUGAUUCAAAUUGGAGGGAACGUGGGAAUACUAGCAACAGCAGUGGCAGUGGUGAUUAUCGCCGCAACUACGAUGGUGCAGGCGGACGGCGUGACUUUCAACGAGAAUCUGGUAAUAAGAAAGUAAUUUAUGUUCCGUCUAACAAAGUAGGGCGUAUCAUAGGCAAAGGAGGAAUCAAAAUAAAAGAUCUUCAAUACGAAUCCGAAGCCCGAAUCAAAAUAGGAGAUUCGAAUGGCAAUGAAACUGAUGUCACUCUCACCGGCACGGAUGAUGCUAUAUCCAAGGCUCAACAAAUGAUAGAAAAACUAAUUGAAGACUUCAAACCUCCAGAAAAGGAAGAACACGAUAACAAAGAAGAAUGUGGAACUCGCACGAAAGAGUUUUUUAAAAUAAACGAGAAUGGAGAUCAAGUCAUUGACUGGGAUAAGCUUAAUGCUUAUCAUAAUCAGGUGCAACAAAGCCGUUACGAAAAGUUACCCCCCAUAAUUAAAGAUUUUUAUAAAGAAGAUCCUGCAAUAGCAGCUAUGUCAGAUGAUGAGGUAAAACGAUGGCGAUUAGAAAAUUAUGAUAUUCAGGUUAAAAGAACGUUUGAAGACAAGCCUGGGUUGCGCAAAAUUCCCAACCCAGUCCUUACUUUUGAACAAGCAUUUCAACAUUACCCUGAUAUCUUGACUGAGAUAUACAAACAGGAUUUUAAGACUCCCUCACCAAUACAAAGCCAAGCUUGGCCCAUUCUUCUGAGUGGUGAAGAUAUGAUAGGUAUCGCACAGACUGGUACGGGGAAAACAUUGGCUUUCCUUUUGCCAGCCUUAAUUCACAUUGAUGGUCAAACAGUGCCAAGAGAAGAAAGAGAAGGUCCUACAGUUUUAAUUUUGGCUCCCACCCGAGAGUUAGCCAUACAGAUUGACAAAGAAGUAUCAAAGUACCAGUAUAAAGGUAUUAAGUCGGUAUGUUUGUAUGGAGGAGGUGACCGUAAAGAACAAAUUAAAGUUGUGGCCAAAGGUGUGGACAUUGUUAUAGCUACACCUGGUAGACUUAAUGACUUAGUAUUGGCUCGCCAUUUAAAUGUUAUUAAUUUCUCAUACAUUGUGUUGGAUGAAGCUGAUCGCAUGUUGGACAUGGGUUUUGAACCACAAAUAAAGAAAUCAUUAUUUGAUGUUAGACCUGAUCGCCAGACAGUGAUGACCUCAGCCACAUGGCCGCCCGGGGUAAGACGACUCGCCGAAUCAUACAUGAAAGAUCCCAUACAAGUGAAUGUUGGAUCUUUAGAUCUCGCUGCUGUUCACACCGUAACACAAAAAAUUUUAUUUGUUGAGGAAGACGAUAAAGAACCUGCCUUGUUUGAAUUCUUGAAUAACAUGGAUCCAAAUGAUAAAGUUAUUAUAUUUUGUGGAAAAAAAGCCACAGCUAUACAUAUAUCUACAGAACUAUGCAUUAAAGGCAUAGAAUGUCAAUCGUUGCAUGGUGAUAGAGAUCAAACCGACCGGGAGGCAGCAUUGAAUGACAUGGUCGAGGGAUCUGUUAAUAUUUUAGUGGCAACAGAUGUGGCGUCGAGAGGUAUAGAUAUAAAAGACCUCACGCAUGUUAUCAACUUAGACUUUCCGCGCCAUAUUGAAGAAUAUGUGCACAGAGUCGGUAGGACCGGCCGCGCGGGGAAAACUGGUAUUUCCCUGACUUUUGUAACUAGACAAGAUUGGGGAAGUGCAAAGGAACUUAUUAAAAUCCUCGAAGAAGCAAAUCAGGAAGUUCCUGAUGAGUUGCAGCAAAUGGCGUCAAGGUUUGAAGCCAUGAAAAUACGUAGAGACAAAGAGAGAGCUGAAGGUUCUGGUCGCGGUCGUGGAGGCAGAGGCGGAGGUGGUUCCUAUGGCCGGGGCAGAAGAGACCGCUGGUAAUUUAUUGUGCUCAUUCAUUAUUAUAUCUCAUAUUCACCAAGAGGUGUUUGAGUCAUGGUGUCAUGUUGGGUAUCAUAUUUAUUUAGAAUUUAGACUUUGAACUAUAGAUUUAUUUAUUGUGUGAUUCCAAAGGAGUCGUAGAAGAACAUAACAAAGCUGUAUGCUUCUUAUUCUGUUUUUGUUGUUUUUCAUUAGAAAGUGUGUUUGCUAAUGAUCUCCAUUAAUUAUAAUUAUGUUUAUCUACAUUUUGUAAGAGGCACAGGUCAGUCUGGCCUUUGUAUCAGUAUUAAUUAAAGUAAACAGCCUGCCCCUGAAUUGGAUAAAAGAUAUUAUUUUAAGUGUAUUUACAUUUUGCUUAUACUUUGUGCUAUGUGUGUAAUGAGAGCAUUUAUUGUCUUGUACAAAGUAUAAGACAAGAACUAUUAGGUGUACCUAAUUAAGACUAUGAAACGAUAUGUGUCUAGACUUAAGUUUUAAGGCCCUAUGCUGUGAUAGAAAGUGAAUAUAUUUAUCUCACGGUCUAUAUAUGUAAUCGUAGGUUGUAGUACUUUGUUACUUACUAAUGUUAUUUCUAGCUAAGGAGUGAAAUUCCUUGAUGUUCCAUGUGUAACCAGUCUUACAAGUAAAUGUAAGCAACGGUAUGAGGUGUAUUGUUAGUACCUAUAUGUGUUUUGCCAUCUCUUAUUAAAACUUUUUUGUGAUCAA